AACGAUGACAGCGGCACGUGUGGCAUGGCGGAUACUGUUGUUAGUAACGCCGAGUGAGCGUCGUACGUUUACUGAGAGUCGAAAAUUUGAGUGAGCUGACUAAAAACCGGCGCGAUGAAGGAAGAAACCGUGCUAAGUCUGAAAUGGCAGAGUUUUCCGUCUCACUUGGCGGUCUCGCUCGAUACCUGCUAUGAAAAACAACAAUUUGUGGACUUAUCUUUGGUGUGCAAGGAUGGCACAAUACUAAAGUGUCACAAAAUGGUACUGGCCAACUCUAGCACGUUCUUCCGUCGACUACUCAUGGCAAAUGAUCAUCCGCAUCCGAUGAUCAUUCUCCACGACAUCGAGGCGGACGACCUUAAGACCAUUGUCAACUUCAUGUAUUGCGGUGAGAUACAAGUAGUGCAAAGUGAGGUUAGGCGGCUGCUCAAACUCGCCGAGAUCCUCGAAGUUACCGGGCUACGGCAUAUCCAGACCUCGGUAAUGGCCGGUGAAAUGAACCACACAACCACUAGCGAAGGCUCGAGGAAGCCUGCCGCGGUGUCACGUCUGAAGUUAGAGGAGGCGAGGAAUCUGCCCGGCAGGGUCAGCACCGAAUCGCAUGCCGAAAUAAACACCCGAACGCAGAUCAAAUCCGCCGCUCAGGCGAGAUUCACCGCUCACCCGUCGUCCCAUUCGCACAAGAACAUACCCAAAGCUAUUCCCCAAGACAACAUGGCCAUUAGGAAGAACGAGGAGAUCAGCAUAAACGCGCUGAAUCAACGGCUCGAGACCGGUAACUCCGGCAUCAGUAUUGUAGAUAUUAACGACUUACCAAGCACCAGCAAGGGACUGCCUCAGUCUUGCCAGAAGAGAAAGGAUCCUGUAGAUCCUGCCAUCAGUUGGCCAUCCAUACUGUCUGCAAUCUCCAAGGACAAGCCGUUACCUCUGAAGAAACUGUGCAUCAUGGAUGAGGUGGAGAUCACAGCAGGGAAAUCUUGUGCACCGUUGCUUGCGUCCUGUGCACAGGACAGCAAGCAGAACGAGCCAUUAGAUAGGAGGAAAGUCAGAAACAGCUCUGCCUUUGAUCACGGCAUGAAGUAUGCAGUCUAUAUCAAGGAUGAGGUCGAUAUAUUGCCAGAUGUAGAGGAGGAUGUUGACAUGGACCCCUUGGAGAUAGACGAGAUCGACAACGACAAUUCGGAGACUAGCAAAGCACCUACGCAGAUGUUCCACUAUGCUCGACGCACUGCGAGGUAGAACACUCGUCCUCGCGCGAACUGUCUCUCUUCUGUACAAGAUCCAGGUGUUAGAGAUCAACAGUGACUAUCGAGAAAGCAUAAAACAUUUUUCUGUCCAUAAACAGUUUCUCUGAAUUUGAUGUAUUUCAAUAUUUAUACAUACACACACAUAUACAGAGAAUGAAAGCUCACAGAUCAUUCUUCCUCUGAACAAAAGGUUUUUAUGAGAGUUAGGACUUUAUUAUAAAAUACACUGUUUUUUGUUAUGCAUUUA